ACAGUGGAGCAAAAAUACAAGAGCUUCAGUUUUAAGAGGAAAUAUAAUCUUUAAGUUAUAGGUCUUUAAAAAUCUUAGAAUGUGUCAUGUCUCUUCAACGACUACUGAAUGUCGUAUAUAAAUCAGUUGCCAGGGCCAGUACCUAGCACCAGUUGUCAAGACACCCUUGUUCUCAAUGGACAGCUUCUAAACUUCAGAGUAAGAGCGGCUAAUCAUCAGGUUUAUCCACGUUCGUCUACGUUUCCAUUCAUCUAAGCUUUAUUACUGUGUUAACAUGUCGUGAGUGAUGGAUUCAUCUGACCAGACUUCUCACAAGACCGAAAAUCUGCAGAAAAUCAGAGCAGGCAAAGUGCUUAAGGCUGUUCUCAGUGUUUAUGAGAACCAUGGUGCGUUCAAGUCCGCCGGGAAUUCAGCAGAAUGCCUGGUGAAGGAGGCUGAAAAGCUGCUGAAGAACAGGGCUGAGGCAGGAGACACACAGGCCAGCUUGCUGCUAGGACAUCUCUACUAUGCGGAGGGUCACUAUUCAGAAGCAGAGGCUGUAUUUGAUGGGAUUAAAGAUAAAGAACCUCAAGCUCUCUACCAGCUGGCUGUUAUGUACUAUGAUGGACUUGGGACUACAACAAAUCCCAGCAAAGCAGUGGAGUAUAUGAGGAGAGUAGCUGAAUGGGACAAGGGUAGUGUCAGAUAUGCAGCUUUGUACAACCUGGGCAGAGCCUACAUGCAGGGUUAUGGAGUGCAGGCCUCUAGAGAAGAGGCAGAGAAGUACUGGCUUAUUGCAGCAGACAAUGGAAAUCCCAACGCCAGCAUGGAAGCUCAGUCCUCUCUUGGCUUGUUCUAUUCCAGUCCUGAAAUACGGGAUCUCAAAAGGGCAUUCCACUGGCACUCUGAGGCCUGUAGUAAUGGCAGCCUGGAGUCCCAGGGGGCACUGGGAAUCAUGUACCUAUAUGGAUAUGGUGUGUCUAAAGAUCUGUCGGCAGCUUUAGACCGCCUCACGGAGGCUGCGAUGAGGGGUAACGUUUAUGCCCAGGGUCACCUUGUGGCUUACUACUACCAGCGCAAAGUCUACACCAGAGCAGCACUUUUGGCAAAGAGGGUGGGCAAAUAUGAAGACAUUAGUGCUAUAGCCAAAUUCACAGGAUGCAACCCUGAGUACAUUUGUAAAGGCAUAGCUAUAGGCCUGUUCUACUACGCCCGCUGCCUCCAGCUCGGCCGGGGAGUCGCACAGAACACAGAAAAAGCACUGCACUAUUACAACAAGGCAGCCCUGAUGAACCCGGAAGUGUUUAAGGACCUCCAGAUGGACCUCACAUAUGGCAGGAUGUAAUAUAUGUGAGAACUUGCUGCCAAAGUAAAUUGCCCCCUGGUAAAGCCAACAUCCUGGACAAUUCACCACAGAUUCAGCUUUUGUCUGUUAGGAAACUCGAAAAGGAAGGUUUAGUUUUUCUGUUGCCUACAUGAUCCUGCACUUGCUUUAAUCACUUCUGUUUUCUGUUUUUACCAUUAUGAUACCUAAAAGGGGAAAAAACAUUCAUAUGGACAUACAACCAUCACUUCUCUGAUGUGGGGUUUGGUCUAACCUGAGGUCUGACUUCAGUGCUAAUUUCUAAUGCAUUUAGUUUCAUUCACAGCUUCUUUGAAAGUAAUUACAAUACAAAUUACAAUACCAAUUUCUCUAUCUGCACUAGCUGUGAUGAGGUUUAGAAGCAUGUUGAUCUAUCGAUCUAUCCAUCCUGCUCAGCGUCAAAGUGGAUCCAGACCCUAGCGCAGAAACAGCAGUUCAUUUCAGGGGAGCAUUCACACACCCAUUCACUACCUAAAUGCGUUUAGCUAAGCUGAUCGACCUACUGACACUUUUGGGAGGUUCGAGAAAAACAAAGAAGCUAUGCAGACAAGAAGGGACCUUAUGAAAUUCAGUGACAGACAGUAGGCAGUCAAAUUAGUAACCCUGGCACUGCGAGGCCUACCUGCUGCAUGACCAUCCCACCCAAAUUUAUUCAUCCAUAAUAAUAAUAAUAUGAGUGAGGACUAUUCUUUUGCGAUUUAUUGCUUAUAAAUGCUUUAAUCUAUUUUUGGUAAAAAUAAAAAUCUAUAAUAAUAAUAAUAAUAAUAAUAAUAAUAAUAAUAAUAAUCACAAAUGAAACUAGCACAAUAACCUUACAUGACGCAUUGCACAAUUAAAAGCCAUCAUAAUGACCACAACAUGUACUGUAAUGUAGAGAGGUUCAAGAGGUCCAGGUUUUCAUUUUCUCUUUUUAAGUAUGUACAACACUCAAAUCCACGACUAUUCACAUUUUAUGACCUUGCAGUGUAACAAGAUCCCACAUACAAUAAAAAAAAAAAGAGACAGAAACAAACAAACUUGGUUGGGUGAAAUUAGAUCUGGUGUGGAUGGAGAGAAUGGAAAAAAAAAAAAAACAAAAAAAAAAAACAAUGAUGUCCAUCAAGUCCUGUAGUAUGACACCACCAAGUCAAGCAUUUUCUCAAAGUGAUUCAUAAAUAAAACUUCCUUCCAGCGUGUUCAAGUAAAGAAAAAAAAAAAGUGGAGUCAAGGUGAAGCUUCCUUUCAACAGGUGACCGUUUGCGAGAUCAGAUGUGUUCCAUCUCUUCAUUCAGCUCAGGGCAGAGUUCUUUGAGAAACAUCUCCAGUAGAAU